AUGCCAGGCCCAAGACCUCGGAAAGGUCAGGCCAGUGGUCAGGGCGUGGCAGCUGCCAAGCAGCUGGGCCUCUUUGUGGAGUUCAGCCCUGAGGACAUGAUGCUGGGAAUGGAAGAGGCAGAAGAUGACGAGGACCUGGAGGCUGAGCUGCUGGCCCUCACUGGAGAGGCCCGGACCCCGGGCAGGAAGCCAGAACCCAAGGGCCAGGCCCCUCUGCCCAUGGCCCACAUCGAGAAAUUGGCAGCAGACUGUAUGCGGGAGGAGGAGGAGGAGGAGGAGGAAGAAGGGCUUGAGGAUGAUGCAGACCUGCUGAGUGAGCUGCAGGAGGUCUUGGGUUCGGAGAAGGAGGAGCAAGAGGAAGAAGAGGUGGUAGCAGCAGAAGCUGAGGAGGUGGGGAACCCUGAAGAGGAAAAGGGGCCAGAAAACCUCGAGCAACCAGUGCAAGCAGCCCUUCUAACAGCUUCAACCCCAGCAGCUCAGGCUGGAAGGCCUGAGGAACUGCACGCCUUGCUGGAGGAGCGCAUUCACAACUACCGGGCGGCAGCGGCCAGCGCCAAGGAGGCAGGGGAAGCGGCCAAGGCCAGGCGCUGUGAGCGUGGCUUGAAGACUCUGGAAUCCCAGCUGGCAGCUGUGAGGAAAGGUAGGAAGAUCAAUGAAGAAGAGAUCCCACCUCCUGUUGCCUUGGGCAGGAGGCCUCCCGCCUCUCAGGAAGCAGCCAGCAGGACCCCCGAGGCAGGGACCGCAGGGCUCCCAGCGCCGCUGGCCGUGGAGCCAGAUGUCCCGUCACAGCUGGAGACAAGCCCUCUGGGCAGUCCUGACAUCUCUGCCUCAGUGGACUCAGACUCAGACCCGAGGACGCUGCUGUCAACCCGACAGAGAGAAUACAAGGUGGCCGCACUCAGUGCCAAGCGCGCUGGAGAUCUGGACCGAGCCCGAGAGCUCAUGAGGAUUGGGAAGAGGUUUGGUGCCGUUCUGGAGGCCUUGGAUCGGGGACAGCCUGUGGACCUGAGUGCCAUGCCCCCAGCACCUGAGGACCUGAAACCACAGGCUUCCAAGGCCCUCACAGCACCCUCAGUCAGCCCAGCAGUGGAGCGAGUGCAGCCCGUGAUGGCCCCUGACGCCCCAGCCACCCCAGUGGUUCCUGCAGAGCCCCAGACAGUGCUGGAUGCCCUGCAGCAGAGGCUGAACAGGUACCGCGAGGCAGGUGUGCAGGCCCGGGGCAGCGGGGACGAGCGCAAGGCCCGGAUGCACGAGCGGAUUGCCAAGCAAUAUCAGGAUGCCAUCCGCGCACACCGAGCGGGGCGGAAAGUGGACUUUGCCGAGCUCCCUGUCCCCCCAGGAUUCCCCCCAAUCCCGGGCCUGGAGCCCACAGUGGGCACCGUGGAGGAUGCAGUGGCAACCACUCUAGCAGCUGCCCAGAAACUGGUCGCGUCAGAGGAUUCAGCCCCAGCAGAGGAAGACAGGGAGAAUGAGGAUGAGCCCCCAGCCCAGGCCCCAGUGGCAAAGAAGCCAGCACAGCCUCUUGCCCCCUCACCCGGACCACUGCCUGAGGCCAAGGGCUCGAGUUCCAAGGAGUCAUUGAGUCCAUCUGUGCGGGAACAGCUCACACUGCUGGAGGCACGGAAGCUCCAGUACCAGCGUGCGGCACUGCAGGCCAAGCGCAGCAAGGACCUGGAGCAGGCCAAGGCUCACCUGCGGGUGGCCAAAGGCCUCGAGGCCCAGAUCAUGCAGGUCCGGGCUGGCCGCCCUGUCAGCCUCUCCAAGGUGCCUUCACCCUUGACAGAUGAGGAGGGUGACUUCAUCCUCAUCCACCAUGAAGACCUGCGGCUCUCUCAGAAGGCCGAGGAGGUGUAUGCCCAGCUGCAGAAAAUGCUCCUGGAGCAGCAUGAGAAGUGCCUGCUGUUCUCCAGGCAGUUCAUGCACCAGGGCAACGUAGCUGAGACCACUCGGUUUGAAAAGCUUGCUCAGGACCGCAAAAAGCAGCUCGAGAUCUUGCAGCUGGCCCAGGCCCAGGGCCUGGACCCUCCCAGCCAUCACUUUGAGCUGAAGACAUUCCAGACUGUAAGGAUCUUCUCUGAACUCAACAGCACAGAAAUGCAUCUGAUUAUUGUCCGGGGGAUGAACCUCCCAGCCCCUCCAGGGGUGACCCCUGAUGAUUUGGAUGCUUUUGUGCGGUUUGAGUUCCACUACCCGAAUUCGGACCAGGCUCAAAAAAGCAAAACAGCUGUGGUGAAGAACACAAACUCUCCCGAAUUUGAUCAGCUCUUCAAACUAAACAUCAACCGGAACCACCGGGGCUUCAGGAGGGUCAUCCAAAGCAAAGGGAUCAAGUUUGAGAUCUUCCACAAGGGGUCCUUCUUCAGAAGCGACAAGCUGGUUGGCACUUCCCACCUGAAGCUGGAACGGCUAGAGAAUGAGUGUGAGAUCAGAGAAAUUGUGGAGGUGCUGGAUGGACGCAAGCCCACCGGCGGGAAGCUGGAGGUGAAGGUGCGGCUGCGGGAGCCUCUGAGUGGCCAGGACGUGCAGACGGUCACUGAGAACUGGCUGGUCCUGGAGCCCAGGGGCCUGUGA